GGGUCUCUGUGACUACAAGAAGAGAACAGACAUUGCCUUUUCAGUUCCUUUCUGCAGUGUGAUUGCCAUGGAUCCAAUCUCUAUACUCCUGUCUAUUGCUGUUUGUGUUUUCCUGUUAAACCUUAUCUAUGGUGGGAAAGGAGAUUCCAAAACUUUUCCUCCUGGACCAACACCAUUGCCAGUCAUAGGGAAUCUGCUCAUCAUGAAUAUGAAGAAACCACAUCUAACAUUUAUGGAGCUGGCUAAGAAGUACGGCUCAGUAUUCAGCGUUCAGCUUGGCACAGAGAAGGUUGUCGUGCUUUGUGGCUACAACACAGUGAAAGACGCUCUUAUCAAUCAUGCCGACGAGUUUUCAGAGAGGCCCAAAAUUCCAAUUUUUGAGGAUGUAUCAAAGGGAUAUGGACUUAUUUUUGCUCAUGGAGAGAACUGGAGAGUAAUGAGAAGAUUCACUCUUACCACACUGAGAGAUUUUGGGAUGGGGAAGAAAACCAUAGAGGAUAGAAUCUACGAAGAGUCAGAUUGCUUAGUGGAAUCAUUUAAGUCCUAUAAAGGAGAGCCAUUUGAGAACACCCUGGUAAUGAAUGCAGCCGUCUCCAAUAUCAUUGUGUCCAUACUGCUUGGUCAUCGCUUUGAUUAUCAGGAUACAGCACUUCUGAAGCUUAUAAAAAUAAUAAAUGAAAAUGUCAAGCUUAUGGGAAGCCCUAUGGUUAUGCUGUAUAACACCUAUCCAUCUGUUGUGCAAUGGCUUCCUGGAAAUCACAAAACUGUUGCUGAGAACACAUUAAAGUUAUUGAACUUUCUUCAAGAGACAUUCACUAAGCACAGAGAUCAACUGGAUGUAAAUGACCAGAGAGAUCUCAUUGACGCCUUCCUUGUCAAGCAACAAGAGGAGAAAUCUUCAUCUACAAUGUUUUUUCACAACCAAAAUCUAACAUUACUUGUAGCCAAUUUAUUUGGUGCCGGCAUGGAAACAACUUCUACCACUCUUCGAUGGGGCCUCCUAUUAAUGAUGAAAUAUCCAGAAAUUCAAAAAAAAAUCCAAGAUGAAAUUGACAGAGUGAUUGGAUCAGCACAACCACAAGCUGAACACCGGAAACAAAUGCCCUAUACUGAUGCCGUUAUUCAUGAGAUUCAGAGAUUUGCCAACAUUGCACCUAGUAACCUUCCCCAUGCAACUACUAAGGAUGUCACCUUCAGAGGCUAUUUUAUUCCAAAAGGGACCCAAGUGAUUCCACUGCUGACAUCUGUUCUGCAAGAUGAAGCUUAUUUUAAAAAGCCAGAAGAAUUUUACCCUGAACAUUUCCUUGACUCAGAAGGACAUUUUGUGAAAAACGAAGCCUUCCUUCCCUUCUCAGCAGGUAGAAGAAGUUGUGCCGGAGAGACGUUGGCCAAAAUGGAACUCUUUUUGUUCUUCACAAAGUUACUGCAGAACUUUACAUUCCAGCCUCCUCCUGGAGCUGAGGUCCAACUAACUUCUGGAGAAGGCUUCACAUCUUCUCCUUUGCCACAUAAGAUUUGUGCUUUGCCUCGUACAUAGAAAAUAUCUGCAAAUAAAGAUUACAACUUUAAAAAUGAACUAAAAAAAUUAAUGUUAGGCCAUUUUGAAGAAACCAAAACCACAGUCAGUGGACAGAUAUUGUUUUAUGCUAUUUUGUUUAUAGGUGUUACUUUUUUUUAAGGCAAUAAAGCAUUGAUGGUUUUUUUAA